AUGACGGCCGAGCAAGUGAUCCCGACGGAGCGGGAGCUUCCAGGCCUUGACCUCAAGGGCGCCGAUAUCACCGACCUCGUCCGCCAGGCCGAAGAAAGCGAUGUCGCCGACAGAGCCUUGACUGUCAUGCAGGCCUUGAAGAAGUACAAGAAGGCUGUCUUCUGGGCCAUGCUGCUGUCCACAAGUCUGAUCAUGGAGGGCUACGAUGUGGUCAUUAUUACUUCCUUCUACGGCCAGACGCAGUUUCAAACCCGAUUUGGAGAUGUUGAUGCCGAGACGGGCGACCAUUACAUUACCGCCGCUUGGCAAUCCGGAUUGUCCAACUCGGCACUUGUUGGUCAGAUGACGGGUCUUGUGUUGAACGGCUUUCUUCAAGAUCGCUUCGGCUGCCGUCGCACCAUGAUGUUCUUUAUGGGCUGGAUGGCGCUGAUGAUUUUCAUCGUCUUUUUUGCGCCAACCCUGUCCGUCUUGGCCCUUGGCGAGUUCAUGUGCGGCAUUUCGUGGGGUGUCUUCCAGACCCUGUCCACCUCCUACGCCUCCGAGGUCGUCCCUACCAUUCUCAGGCCCUACGUCACCGCCUAUGUCUGCAUGUGCUGGGGGGCUGGUAUCCUCUUGUCCUCGGUCGUCGUUCGGCUCUGCGUCGACCUCGAGGGCGAUCUGGGCUGGCGCCUCCCCUUUGCGCUCCAGUGGGUUUGGCCCCUCCCCCUGCUGGCGGUCGGCUACUUUGCCCCAGAGUCGCCCUGGAAUGCCGUCCGCCGCAAGAAGCAUGACGUUGCCUUGGACAGCUUGAUCCGCCUUCAACAAGAUACCCCAGACAGGGAGGCAAAGGCCUCGGCUACCCUUGCGUACAUUCAGUACACCACGGAACUCGAGACCGCCGAGUCGGGCGAAGCGACGUACCUUGACUGUUUCCGGGGCACCAACCUGCGUCGCACGGAGAUUAACUGUGUAGUGUGGGCGGCCCAGAUUCUAUGCGGCAAUGCCAUCCUGGGUUACUCUGUGGUCUUCCUCCAGGCUGCCGGCUUCAACGAGGUCCAGGCCUUCAACCUGAACAUCUCCCUGUCGGCUUGCUAUAUUGCCGGUGGAAUGAUUUGCUGGCUUCUGUUCCCCCACUUUGGACGGGCCACCAUCUACAUGACCGGUCUGAGCUUCAUGUUCUGCUGCCUGGUCGUCAUCGGCGGUCUUGGCUUCACCGAGACGCGAGAGACGCAACUGGCGAUUGGGAUCCUUCUUGUCAUCUCGACCUUGUGCAACAUGAUCACGAUUGGCCCGGUGUGCUACCCCGUCGUGGCAGAAACACCGUCCGGAAGGCUGAGGUACAAGACCAUUGUCAUUGGAAGGUUUGUGUACAACCUGACGGGUUUGUUCUCCAACUCGGUCACCCCGCGCAUGAUCUCGGCUACCGCUUGGAACUGGGGCGCCAGAACGGCCCUGUUCUACGCCGGCACCAACCUCCUCUGCAAUAUUUGGUGCUGGUUCCGCCUGCCCGAGACCAAAGACCGCACAUUCGGCGAGAUUGACCUGCUCUUUGACAACCGCGUUCCGGCCAGAAAGUUCAGGGCAACAGCCGUGGACCAGUUUGCCCGGCACAGGGGCGAGGAGGCCCCGGCAGCGGAAAAGGAAGCGGCGUCGCAUAUCGACCAAGUUUAA